UCUCUUUACCACUCAGCUAUUUGGUGGGUGGUAGAUGCAAAACCUACAACGCUUUAAAUACUUUAAGCAUUUAAUAUUUAUUUUUAAAAUUUUAGUGUCUUUUUCAACGUAAAAUUGCAGAUCAUUUGGUAUGUUUCUGUAGUUGGUUUAGUAAAGAUAGCUGUCGCCAGUGGUCGCUGUUUUGCAGUAAACGGGAUAUUUUUGCUGUUUUUCCGGUGUCAGCGGGGGAAUGACAACAUAGGCCCUUUUUCCAUUCAAUAUAUCUACAAAAUAUCGACUAAAAACAGGCAUCUGUUUGGGGAAUUCAUUCUUUAUGUGCCACUGGGAGCAGCAGCAUGGCAGAUGACAAGGACGUGUUGAGAGACGUUUGGUUCGGCCGGAUACCCACCUGCUUCACUCUGAACCAGGAUGAGGUUACUGAGAGGGAAGCCGAAGCUUAUUAUCUGCUGUUACCCAGGGUGAGCUACCUGACUCUGGUCACAGACAAGGUGAAAAAACACUUCCUCAAAGUGAUGAGAGCAGAGGAUGUGGAGGAGAUGUGGUUCGAGUACGAAGGAACGCCACUCAAAUGGCACUAUCCAAUUGGAGUCUUGUUUGACCUCCAUGCUUCUAACAGCGUCUUACCCUGGAGCAUCAGUGUGCACUUUAAGAAUUUUCCAGAUCGGGACCUGCUCCACUGCCCAUCCAGCUCUGUGAUAGAGGCUCACUUCAUGUCCAGCAUCAAGGAGGCCGACGCCCUGAAGCACAAGAGCCAAGUUGUCAAUGACAUGCAGAAGAAAGACCACAAACAGCUGUGGAUGGGCUUGCAGAACGAUAAGUUCGACCAGUUCUGGGCCAUGAACAGGAAGCUGAUGGAAUAUCCCACUGAGGAGGGAGGCUUCAGAUACAUCCCUUUCAGGAUAUACCAGGCAAUGAGCGAUAGGCCAUUCAUCCAGAAGCUGUUUCGACCAGUUUCACCUGAAGGCAAUGCAUACACCCUUGGUGACCUGCUAAAGGAAAUGUACCCAGCUGCUAUAACAAAUGAUGGUGAGCAGAAACGUUAUCAGGUGGUGAUCCACGGCAUCGAGCCGCUGCUGGAGACGCCUCUGCAGUGGCUCAGCGAACACCUUAGCCAUCCUGACAACUUCCUGCACAUCUGUGUUGUUCCCACUCCGAGUGAUUGAGGCCACUUCUGCUCCUGCAAUGUACUGUCACUGUGAUAAGACACUGGCCAGCCAGUUGACCAGCGUUUUCUUUUGGUGGAAACCUUAACGUAACAGAACUCUUUAAUGAGAAGGAGGUCAGAAUCUUGACAAUAAAGACGAGCAAAGGAUGCAAAAAGGGAUAUUUACUAACCCUUUUCCAGCUUGUCUAUAUAUAUUUAUAUCCUCUUAAAAUUACUACUGCUUCUCCUCUUUCCCCCUCAAAAACUUGUUUAAAAAAGGAAAGAACUUUCUCCUCUCCUACAAGGAGAAGCAAGAGUUGAAUGAGCAAAGGAUCUCGUUCUUUUUUUCUUUUCUUUUUUAUUCUUUUCCCACAUCUUCUCCUUCCACUCCUCUCUGAACAAGCAAGCAUCUCAAUGGGAGAAGAGGAGGUGAACGGAUCCUUUGUUUCGCCAAUCUGGCACACAUCUUCCUCCUUGUCUUGUCGGUAACUUUUCUGUAGACAGGGAAAUGGAGUUCUAGUUUGGGGAGCGGUGUAUCAAAUCCUGCUGAAGUUGCCUUAUUUACUGCACAUUAUCAUCUUUAUCCUUAUUGUCCUCUCAUCAAUGUGUGGACGUGUGCACAUGAAGUCACCUUAAGCUCACAUCACAACCUUUUUGUUGGUUAAAAAUACGGAUUCAUUUGACAAAGUGGGCUUGAAUAAAAAGAGGAUAAACUGUUUUGGAGUUUUGGCAGCAGUGACUGACAUAAUUAUCUCCUUUCACUGAUCUCAGCAGACCCAGGAGGUGGUUUGGGCUGACUGUUUACCAUUGAAUUUUGAGUUAUUUGCAAAAGCAACUUAGCAAUCAGAAUGUCCAAAGUGUUUCUGCACUGUUGCUGAAUUAGCAUUAAAUUGUAGCUUUGAUUUUAAAAUUAUGAAAUUCCCUUUUUUUUGUUUGUUUGUUGGCAGAGAAAAAAAACUGCCUUUGCACAACUUAAGGUAUUUAAUUUUUUAGAUUUGUUGCCCAGUGGAUGGUGGGAAUCUGCAACACUCAAAACCAAAUGUCCAUAAACUAAAGAUGACAUAGUGGCAUGGAAAAAGCCUGUUUUUACUACUAAAAAAACAAUGGAGAUGUUGAAUUUUCACAGAGUUAACAUUCAAAAAUCACGUAGCUACUAAUGAGGCUAAAGCAUUUACUGAGAGACUCAUGGGGGGAAAAAAAUCCACAUGUGUUUUCAAUAGCAGGUGUUGAUAUCUUUCCAUCAGUACAACACUCUUUAGCUGUUUUUACUGUCUGUUUUUGUCAGAUUUGGCAAGAGCGUCUUUUCUUCACUGCCAAACUUAAAUGAGCAUCUGGUUUUGUUUCGUUUAAAGAACUCAGCUGAGAUAAUGAGACGGCAGGCGUACUUAGCACUAAGUCUGCAGUCUGUUGGGGGCAGUGGUGGUUUUACAUGUUCUACAUAUGCUUUAAAUAAUUUUGUUUGUUGACACAAAGAGAAUUGGCAAUAGUGGGCAGCACUUCUUUAACAGCAUAAUGGCAGUAGCUGAGGAAUGCAAUGACUAGAUGAGUUUGUAAAAUGUUGCCAUGUUUCUCUCUCGUAUCGGCAUCUUGACUUUCUUUUGUUUGUUUUGAUUGUGACUUUUACUGUUCACAGUGAAAUAAAUUGCCAUUAAAAAUCAA